AUGAAAUUCAUCGUUACAGUCCUCUUUUUCCUUCCAAUAUGCAUGCACUACUGUGCUGAGGGACAUAAGUUCACUCGAAUCGUAGAAACCAAAUUGGGCAAUGUGAAUGGCUUCCGAAUGAACAUUGGGAGUGAUCAAAAGCCAUUGCAUCAUGGUCAAGCAGACGUGUUUCUUGAUAUACCGUACGCCAAACUAUCUCCUGCUGUUGCAGAAAUGGGACCUAAGAAAUCAGUAUCUGUGACCUCUGAGGGUUCAGCCAAUCAUCGUGAACCAAUACGUGCACAACUGAACCAUACGGACAAUCAACAGAAUGGAAAUUGCCUCGCGAUGAAUAUAUUCUCACCGAAUGUGCAGUCCGAUGAAAAGUAUCCAGUGCUACUAUGGGUCCAUGAUGGUAACUCGAACGGUGGAUCAACUAAUGAAUGGCACGAUCUUGUGAAAGACAUUGUCUCGAAUGGUGUGGUCGUCGUACUAAUGCAGUAUCGCCUUGGAACAUUGCGAUUAAGCCAAGAAUUACCACAGAAUUUGGGUUUGCCCGAUCAAGCUGAAGCCAUCAGAUUUAUUGCUGAACAUAUCGACAAAUUCGGUGGGGAUCGUAAACGUUUAAUGUUGUUCGGUGAGUCUGCUGGCAAAUUCGGUGAGUCUGCUGGCAAAUUCGGUGAAUCUGCUGGCACCGCAUCUGUUUCUACAAAUGCCAACUCAUCGUCAUCUCAGAGUAUUACUUCAUGA